AUGGAAUACUCGGGGAAUGACAAUGCACCAGAAAUACCUCGGUCUUCGGCGACCAAGACAAAGAAAGUCCGCAUAACAUCACCUCCGCGCUCUCCGCCGCAAGUGUCUAGUCCACCUCCGAACAAUCCUCUUGUACGGCGUUUGUCUAGCGGACAGCAUAACGGCUCGCCACCGCCGCCCAUACGGACACUGUCACCGGAAAACAGUGGCAAUCCACAGGACGAUCCGUUUGGCAAGAGCUCGGAGGGAGGAGAAAGCACCGAGGAUGAGGAGCUGAUCCAGAAUACACGAAGGAACUCCGGCAGCAUCGGGCCAGCGGUCACAGCUCCAGCUGCACCCACAAACCCGUUCUCGAAGACGUUAGCGACAACAGAGCCUUCGUCGAGCCAAACUCCACAACACAGGGAGGCUGCAGCCACAUCGGAGCGGGGCACUGCGGAUCAGAUUGGACCCGGUGCUGGGAAAGGCUCCAUGGACGUCGAUUCGUUCAAGAGGCUCCUGAUGACCGGAAGUGCAGGUUCAUCCGCAUCCGCCUACUCGACGGCCGUCCCAUCCGUCUCGACCCACCACCGGUCACAGAGUGGGAUAGGAGGAGACAGCAGCAGUAGCACAGACACCUCCUCCGUCUCUAGGCAAUCGAUUUUUGAACCGGUGCAGGAACCACAGCUCGAGUCGCCUAGGACAUCGUACGAAUUAUCCAUCACCGAUGACGACGAAAGCUCCAACCUGAUGGGCGAGGGCCGGAGACCGGACAAGAAGAAGAAGCCACCGCCGCCGACUGGCAAACGCAGACACGGCAAGCUUGUGCAGCAGCGGGCGCCGCAGAUCGUCUCGUUCUCCGACUUUUCGCUAUCCGUCUCCUCUCCAGGCGUCCAGCCGCCUUCUCCCAUAGACGCCAGUAAACCCUUACCGCCGCUUCAAAGAACAUCGUCGGACCUGAACAAGCCACUUCCGCCACCUCCGCCUGCGCAUUUCAAUCCUGACGUCCAGCCACCGCUUCCAGAAGCAGAAAAUGUCGCGCAGAUCGCCGGUCCUGAAGUCACCGCAACCCCUCCUCCAAUAGAAGAAGUUCCGUCAGCACAGCGCAAGAAGCCACCCACUCCACCCUUAGCUCGCCGGCAAAGCCAACGCAAACCGCUAGGCCCAGACCGCCUAUCAAGCAACCCCACUCCCACACCGCCUCCUCAAGCACAAGAAACCGCACCUCCAGAAGCUCUCCCAUCCACCCACUCAACCAAAGCCCCAACGCCGCCCCCAGCCCGCCGAACAGCCGCCGCUGCCACCAGCGCAUCCACAACACCCAAACCCACCGCCCCCUCAACCACCGAUCUUCCCGGUCCAUCGCCUUCCUACCCGCCCACCUCACUCGCCCGCCACUCCUCCAGCGCCUCCGCCUCCGCCUCCGCAAAAGCCGCCCCCGCGCCCCCACCUCCGCGCCGCGGCUCCAGCAAAUCCUCCAUCGACCUCUCCCGGUCGCCGGAGGAGUCGCGGCGGCCGAGCGCCGAGGUGCUGAGGGGUAGUCUUGACGGUGGGCGGAGAGCCAGCGGGGCGAGUGCGUCGAGUUUAAGGAAUGAGUAUGCGCCGUUGGGUGCUGGGAAUGGAGGCGGUGUUCAAGGGGUUGGAGGGGCUGCGGUCGAGGAAGCGCGGAAGGCUGGUGCCGCGAGUGGGAGUGAUAUCUUGGCGGAGAUGGAGGCGAUGCAGAGGGAGGUUGAGGCGUUGAGGGAGAGGUAUCGGAGGGGUAGCUAG